CUGAUUUCACACAGCAGAGGUGUCUUGACCAUAUGAGUGUGUUUGUCUGUGUAUCUCAUAAAGAGACCUACCAGUAUUUAAUUGACAGAGCAAGAGGGAGACACUAUCAUCGGCAAAUCGAGUAAAACAGAAAAGCAGAAUGGCAGCGUGGGACCUUACAGUCACAGUGGAGGAUCUUGGUCCUAAUGCCCCACCCAUCAAGAUCAGCGUGACCUCUGACCUGCACAUUGGCGGAGUUAUUCUCAAAUUAGUUGAGCAGACCAAUCUGAAGAAGGACUGGUCCGAUCAUGCCCUGUGGUGGGAGCAGAAGCAGCAGUGGUUGCUGCGGACCGGCUGGACACUGGACAAAUGCGGGGUCCACGCCGACGCUCGUCUCAUCUUCAGCCCACAGCACAAGCCUCUGCGACUGGGCUUGCCGAACGGGCUGACGCUGAAAAUGCGAGCCUGUUUCUCCAAUCCUGUAUUUCGCACAGUCAUGGGCAUCUGCAAGGUUCUCAAUUUACGUCACCCAGAGGAGCUCUCUUUGCUCCGUCCUGUUGAGGAGAAAAAGAAAAAGAAAGACAAAGAUUCCUCAGAAGAGCUGUAUGAUCUUACAGACGUUCCUCUAACCGCAGGCUCUGUUCCAGCUCUGUACAACGGCAUGCCGGCUCAUUUUGCUGACUCUCCGAAGACCGAGGCGGUGUAUAAAAUGCUUUCUGUCAGUUUGCCCUCACCUGCUCCUGAAGUCAUCGCUAAACUCUACCGGCCGGCCAGUGUGGUGGACAAAACGCAUAUUCACACCAGGUGGCUGGAUUCAUCUCGUUCACUAAUGCAGCAGGGAAUACAAGAGAAUGACAAACUAUGUCUUCGCUUCAAAUACUACACUUUUCAUGAUAUGGAUCCCAAGUAUGAUGCAGUGCGUCUGACGCAGUUGUAUGAACAAGCUCGCUGGGCUAUUCUGUUGGAGGACAUAGACUGCACAGAAGAGGAAAUGAUGCUGUUUGGAGCCCUGCAGUACCACAUAGGAAAACUGUCCUUGUCUCAGGACAUGGUCUCUUCCUGUCAAGGAAUGGAUGAUUUAGAGUCUGCCUUGAAAUCCCUUGAAGUCAAGAUGGUGGGAGACAGCAACAGCACAGACAUGCUGGAAAACAUGACUGCUCCAGAGCUGAAUGACUAUUUGAAAAUAUUUCGGCCUAAGAGACUAACUCUCAAGGGUUAUAAGCCAUACUGGUGCAACUUUCAGGACACAUCGAUCUCCUAUUAUAAAAGUAAAGAGGACCGUUAUGGAGAACCCAUUCAACAACUGAACCUGAAAGGCUGUGAGGUUGCUCCUGAUGUCAAUGUAGCAGGCCAGAAGUUCUGUAUCAAACUCCUCAUUCCGGCACCAGAGGGCAUGAAUGAAAUCUACUUGCGAUGUGACAAUGAGAACCAGUAUUCCCAGUGGAUGGCCGCCUGUAAGCUGGCAUCCAAAGGCCUGACGUUACUGGACAGCUCAUAUCAGAAUGAAGUAAAGAACAUCCAGACGUUCCUUUCAAUGCAGCGUUCCAACUCUGCAGCUCCCGCUGCACAAACUGACGACAGCAUCAACACACACAGCCUCGUCUCGCCAAGAUACCAUAAAAAAUACAAGACCAAACAGUUAACCCCUCGUAUCCUGGAGGCCUAUCAGAACGUCGCCCAGCUCUCUUUGACGUCUGCCAUCUUGAAGUUCCUGCAGAUCUGGCAAGCUCUGCCUGAUUUUGGAAUCUCCUACUUCAUGGUCAGGUUUAAGGGCAGCCGUAAGGACGAAGUACUGGGCAUCGCUAAUAACCGUCUGAUCCGUAUAGACCUGGGAGUCGGAGAUGUGGUGAAGACCUGGCGUUAUAAUAAUAUGAGACAGUGGAAUGUUAACUGGGACAUACGACAGGUGGCGAUUGAAUUCGACGGAAACAUUAACAUAGCAUUUGGCUGUGUGAAUGCAGACUGUAAGGUUGUGCAUGAGUACAUCGGAGGAUACAUCUUCAUGUCUACUCGCUCACGACAGCAAAGCGACACACUGAAUGAAGAGCUCUUCCACAAACUCACCGGCGGCCACGAGGCUCUCUAAGCACAAAACAUCAGCUUAUAGAGAAAAAACAACAUUACUGAAGCUACAAAUGGAGGAAACUGAUAAGACUCAAGUGUUAGCACUGCACAGCAACUGUCCCUUUGCUUCGCUUGUUUUCAUCAAGUCGCCAUUUAGUGAUCAAUGUACAAGCAUUGAUAUUAGAAUGCUAACUGUCUAAAUGUGAAACAUAAAUGUUUUUCCACAACAUUCAACACACAUCUAAUGAAUCUGUAUAAAUCAUCACAUUUAAUAUAUGACUGCCUGACAGGAACAUAUGACAAAUGAAUGAUUUAAUACUUUAGAUAUUGUCAAACUAUCUAACUGUAAUGAAUUUUGUCAUAAAGCACUUGUUGUUAUUA